AUGGAGCCACGGCUCGCGCCGACGCUUGCGCCAGGCGGAGGCGGAGCGGAAGGCGGAGGUAACGCGGAAGGCGGAAGCGGAGAGGGAGGGGGAGGCGGAGCGGAAAGUGGAGGCCCAAAUGUUGCGGACGCGCCGGUUAACGUCAGAGAAAAGAUAUCCGCGGAGGUUCCGCAGUCGUCGCAAUUUCCCGCGGAUCCUCCGCGCAAGGACAUGAUGCAAAUGUUUCAGGAGCAGACGGCACCCGUCCUGCUGGAUCCUAUCGAAGCCGCUUUUGACGAGGAUGGCCUUGGCGAGGAUGACGCGGACCUUGACGGAGACAUGGACGGUGGCGAUGACGAUGACGGCGAAGGCAACGGUGACGGCGACGGCAAUGGCGACGGCGACGGCGACGGCGACGGCGAUGGUGAUGGUGAUGGUGUCGGCGGCGACGGAGAAGGAGAAGGAGAUGGAGACGGAGACGGAAACGGGGACAAAGACAACGGCGACGGUGGUGGCGGUGGCGGUGGCGCUGAGGGUGACGGUGACGGCAAAGAGCUGCCGGCAAAGUUAAGCCCGGCUGGCGCGGACCUUCCCUUCAAGCGGAAACGCGGACGACCGAAGAAGAUCCGCAGAGCAGAGGCACCAGACACGGACGAUUUUUCUCCGCUCAUGGGAGACGCGCUGGGGGGGCGGCCUUUCAAACGGCGCGCUUUCGCGGAGGCGGACGCGGUGCGCGUGGGGAUGGCGUUUCUGGAGCGCGGGGAGAAGAAACCGCGCUUGGAACGAGACGUGGCGCUACCGCGCGGAUCGGCGCAGGGGCUGGCGCAAGAUCGAGCGCAUCCGCACAAACCCCACUCACGGGAGCGCGAGCGGGAGAGGCGGCGGGAGGCGCAGAGGGACAAGGCGGGGGAAAAAGAGCGCCCGGGGCAACAGCAGGGAGAGGGGGAGGGGAAGGAUAACCAGGAGGGAGUUGCGCCCGGCGCGGUUGGUCUCGGGGCGGAGGGGGAAGGGGAGGCGGAAGCCGGCGCUGCCACUGGCGGAGUUCCCGAAGGCGCGGAUGAUCAGGAGCUGGCGGAAAGGGAGAAGGAGCAGGCGGGGAGGGAGCGUUUGGAGAGGGAGAAAAGGGAACGCGAAAGGAUGGAAAGAGAGAGGGCGGAGAGGGAGCGCGUGGACAGGGAACGGCUGAGAAGCCAACAGAAGCUUCUAGAAGAGGCGAUAGUGGAGAUGAAACGGAUGAGGGGGGAGCAGAUUGCGAUGGGGCGGGAGCUGAGGCGCGCGCGGAACACCAAGGAGGCGGCCAAGCAGGCGUUUGGGGAGAUGAAGAAGCAGGUGGUGGCGCAGGAGCACAUGCUGGCGCAGGCACGCGUGCAGCUGUCCUUGCUGGAGGGGGUCUUUAAGGCGCAGAUGGAGGAGAUCUCGCGCCUCUGGAUGGCCGCCACUCAGAACCAACCCGGGCUCGCCCCAACCCUUCCCCACCGCUUCCCACCUUUUUCCACCGGUCCCCACCCCCUCCCACCGUUUCCCACCACUCCCCACCGCUCUCUUUUCAGCCCUGCAAACAACAUCGGCGCGCUUGCCAAGGCGAAGUUCAAAGAAGCAAACGGAGGGAUGGCUUUAGGGCAUCCGGGGGACAUGCAGUGGGAGGACGUGCUUAAAGCCCUGGAGGAGUAUAUCCGGCUGGGGUCGCUGGAAUUUGCCAAGUGCCAGCUUAUUUUGGGGUUUAAGGAGAAGGCGGUUUACCGGGCUCGAAGCAGGUUGCAGGACGGGCGGACCCAAGCCAUGCUGCUAGCCGAGGCGCAUGAUGAGGCUCGGCAGCAGCUGAUGGAAGGGACGUUGGAGUUUGAGGCGCAUGCUUUGGCGUCUUCUGUGGCGACCAGCGUGAGGAGUCUUCUGGGAACUGUGGAGGCCGAGAAGCAUGAGGACGAGGACGAGGAGGCAGCAGUUCAGUCUCUGAUUGCGUCAGCCGCGGCUAACGCGGAGAUCACAGCGAGGGAAGCGGAGAGAGAGGUGAUUCAGGCCCAGGCGAACGCGGCUGCUGGCCUGCCCCCUGCCGCUGACCAUGCUGCUGGUGCUGCUGGCGCUGCUGCUGCGGGUGUUCCUGGGAGUGUGGGUAUGGACGAUGGUGUUGGGUUGGAUGGGGUGGACGCUGCAGGGGAGAUGGGCGCAGGAGGGGAGGGGGAUGGGGUGAUUCGGCGGAAGCCUGGGCGGCCGCGGGGAGGGGGGGCUGCGCUGGCUAUAGGAAACGGGGAUCUCCCCGCGCUCUCCCGUGUGCGGAUCCCCAAGAUGCCCACGCUCCCCGCGUCCGUGCAGCAGGGGAAUGGGGAGGGGAAGAAGAAGAAGAGAAAGAACCGGGGGAGGGAGCCAUCGUACCUUUCCGUUUCUAACUUCUGGCUAUCCAACUGUUGUCUUGGAAAAUCGCUAUUCGUUUGCGACAGAUAUUACCUCAACUAUAAGUCUUUGAAGAAGGAGAUACGAGCCUAUGAAGCCGCCGUGGCGUCGGGGGUCACGGAGGAGGAAGUUCAGCAGGACAUGGCACGUCGCUUCUCAGAGCAUCUUGACUCGCAGAUGGAGAAGGUGGUGCUGUUCUUCUUGGAGCAGCAGGGCGUGUUGGCGGGAAAGCUACAACGGUUACGAGAGCAGAGGGAGGGGUCCAACACGCGGGGAGACGAGUCCGGCCUGUCAAUCGUCAUGUCAUCGGACUUUAGCGACAUGAUGGAACAGUACAGGGACGUGGGGCGCGAGCUGCUGCAGCUGCUGCAGUUCGUGGAGAUGAACGCGACAGGGCUGCGCAAGAUCCUGAAGAAGUUUGACCGGCGCGUGGGCGUGAGGCUGGGGCACACAUACAUUGCAUCUCGAACUCUGCACCCCUACUCGCACCUGCAGCAGAUCUUCAAACAAGUGGGACUGGGCGCCAUGGUGGGCACCAUCAUGCGCAACCUGGACGAGUUGCACCGCAGGGAGCGCUGCCUCGCGUCACCCUCCAAUCUCCUCUCUCCACGUGUUGGCACUCCCAGGCGCACGUCCUUCUCGCUCUUCAGGCAGGGGGACGAGUCCCCUGUGUACGUGGCUCAGGAGGAGCCGAUCAUCCAGGAAAUCGAGGCAGCACGGGCCAAGCUGACGGAUGCAGUGAGCUACAGCACGUACAUGGCCAAGGGGUUGCUGCUGCCACCCGCCCCUGAGAGAGGGCCCGAGGCAGCUGAGCCGGAGUUCCACUGGUGGUCACUGCAGUUGAACCAGUUCAACACCUUUCUCUACAUGGUGAACUACUACAUCAUCGUGCCCACAUCCGACGAGUACGCAGUGCUGCUCUCCGCCCCGCCCGCCCUGUGCGGCAUCAUCAUUGGCGCCACGCCCCUCUGUGCACUCGUCUCAGCCUUCAUCUUCAGCAAGUGGUCCAACACGUCCUACACGCAGCCCCUGCUCGUCUCCACCAUCGUUUUGCUGCUUGGGAACUUUGCGUACGCUGCUGCGUUGGAUUUCAACUCUGUGGCACUGCUGCUCAUUGGCCGGUCUCUCACCGGCCUGGGAGGCGUGCGGGCGAUCAACCGACGCUACAUAGCCGACCACGUGCCGUCCUCCGAACGCACCUCAACCUCAGCCGGUUUCGUGAGCGCAGGAGCCUUAGGCAUGGCAGCAGGGCCGUUCGCGGCGUCUCUCAUCGACUUCCUCAACUUCAAGUUCCUCGGAUUCACUGUCAACUCCGUCACCUCCCCCGGCUGGCUCAUGGUUCUCUCCUGGCUGCUCUACCUCGCGUUUGUGGUUCUUUUCUUCAAGGAGCCCGACCGGUCCCACCUGCAGGCGCCGACGCCAUCGUCAGCAGCGGGGGGAGUGAAACGGGAGAAGUCCGGAGGGGAUUUGAGGAGGAGGGGGUCGAAAGAGGCUGCGCUGGGAGGGAAUCUGAAGAGGGGGCCGGACAUUGAUGAGGGCGAGGACGAGGAGGACGAGGAUGAUGAUGGCGCAUCGUCCACUGGGGCCGUGGAGACGCUUCCAGAGCUCAUGAAGGAGCUGUCCCGACCUAUCUCGGUCCUCCUCUUCAUGUACUUCAUGAUCAAAUUCGCCACAGAGGUGCUUAUAUCUGAGUCCAGCCUCAUUUCCAAGUACUACUUCCAAUGGACCAUCAAUGAUAUUGGUUGGUUUCUGGGUCUUCUGGGUCUCACGGUGCUGCCCAUCAGCUCUGUGGUUGGGAACUACAUCACCAACAUUUACGAGGACAGGCUGGUGAUCAUGUGGACGCAGGGUCUGAUCGCAAUUGGGGUGAUAGCCGUGAUGUGUUUCGCGCCAAUCAUCAAGUACACUACACAGCAAUACAUUGUUGCUGCUGUCAUCAUCUUCGUCUCCUGCAACGUGCUCGAAGGGGUUUCUCUUUCGCUUAUGUCGCGCAUUAUGUCACCACGCCUUGCAAGAGGGACGUUUAACUGCGGCCUUUUGUCGACUGAGGCUGGAACUUUCGCCCGAGUGGUCACCAUGGUGAACAAUCCAUCGUCGGUUUCGGCCGUGGGAGCAUGGUCCAUGAACGUGGUUAGCUCCGUCGGAAUCAUCAUGAUCAACAAACAAGUCAUGUCAGGAUAUGGCUUCAGAUUUGCUUCGACAUUGACGGGUCUACAUUUCGCCGUGACGGCUCUGGUCGGCAUGGCGUCAGCUGCGCUUGGAUACCUGAACAGCAAGAACACGGUCCCGCUGUGGGAGCUGAUCUGGUUUUCCAUUGUUGCGAAUCUUUCCAUCGUCGCCAUGAAUCUCAGCCUCAUGCUCAACACCGUCGGAUUCUACCAGAUCGCCAAGCUGAGCAUUAUUCCGGUGGUCUGCUUCUUCGAGGCUCUCCUGCAUGCUAAGUCCUACUCCCGCGAGGUCAAGUUCUCCGUGGCCGUGGUCAUGGUGGGCGUGGGAGUGUGCACCGUCACCGACAUAAACAUGAACGCCUACGGUUUCCUCGCCGCCACUGUCGCCGUCAUCAGCACGUCUCUCCAGCAAAUCUUUAUUGGGCGGCGUUGCUCCUGCUGCUCGGCCCCGUUAUUGGACUUUUUCCUCAUCUCGCAAUCCAUUCUGAAAUACCAACUCACAUGGGGCUCUGCGAUCUUCAUCGGCCUCUCAUGCUUCUUUGCGGUCUUCUGCAAUCUCAGCCAGUACCUCUGCAUUGGAAAGUUCUCAGCGACGUCCUUCCAGGUCUUGGGUCACAUGAAAACGGUUCUGGUUCUUGCCAUGGGCUUUCUCAUCUUCAGCUCUCCCAUAACAAUGAAGAAUGUGAUGGGUAUGCUAAUGGCCGUGGCGGGAAUGGUUUUAUAUAGCUGGGCUGUUGAGAAGGGCAAGAAGGAGAAGGAAGCAAGGGACAAGCUCCUGAGAUCUCCUGUGGUGUCUGCUUCUGUUCCAACCAAAAUGCCUGAUGAGGGGAUGGAGAAUGGUGAAAAGUCGGCGCUGCUCUCUAACAACGAUGAUGUCGAAGCUGCCGUUUCGGCCGUAGGAGCAUGGACUAUGAAUGUGGUCAGCUCAGUCGGCAUCAUCAUGGUCAACAAACAAGUCAUGUCGGGCUAUGGCUUCAAAUUCGCUUGCACAUUGACGGGGUUUCAUUUCGCGGUCACUGCGUUAGUCGGCAUGGCAUCAGCUGCAGUGGGUUAUAUUUCAAGCAAAGCCACCGUGCCGUUCUUGGAGCUCGCCUGGUUCUCCAUCGUUGCGAAUCUCUCCAUUGUUUCCAUGAAUCUCAGCCUCAUGCUCAACACCGUUGGCUUCUACCAGAUUGCGAAACUCAGUAUCAUACCGACCGUGUGUCUCUUUGAAGCGUUUCUCCACUCCAAGGCUUAUUCUCGAGAAGUGAAAUUCUCUGUGGCUGUUGUGAUGGUGGGAGUGGGAGUCUGUACCGUCACUGACGUCAGCAUGAACCUUAUGGGUUUUCUAGCUGCUCUUGUCGCCGUUAUCAGCACUUCCCUACAGCAAAUUUUCAUCGGGUCUCUUCAAACCAAGUAUAACAUCGGGUCCUUUGACCUGCUCAGCCAAACUGCACCCAUUCAAGCAGCAUCCCUGGUGGUGCUUGGCCCCUUUGUUGACUACUUCGUUACAAAGCUUAACAUUAUGGACUUCACCCUUACUGCAGGAUGCACAGCUUUCAUCAUCCUCUCCUGCUUGCUCGCUGUUGUCUGCAACCUCAGCCAGUACCUCUGCAUUGGAAAGUUCUCCGCAACAUCGUUCCAAGUCCUGGGCCACAUGAAGACAGUCCUUGUCCUUGUACUGGGCUUUGUCUUGUUCAGCUCUCCAAUCACCAUCAAGAAUGUGAUGGGCAUGCUCGUGGCUGUAGUGGGAAUGGUGCUGUAUAGCUGGGCCGUGGAGAAGGGCAAGAAGGAAAAGGAAGGCAAGGAGACUGGACUGGUCAAGGUGGGCCAACCCUCUCCUAGAGGUUUGGAGGGGAAUGGGAGUGGAGGUGAAGAGGAAAGAGCAGGUCUGCUUGCAACAGGUAGGGCUGGAGAGGAGGAUUUGGAAUCUGGGAAGCAAGGUUGA